AUUCGUCGGAUUCAUAGAUAAUAUUAUUAUUUAUGAUCAGAUCAGAUGUUGAUUAUUUUACUUUCUGAAAAUCAACAAAAGUUAAAAACGUUUAAGGGUUUUGUACGUUUCAGUUUCAUGUUGUUGGAACUUCGUUAGGUUUCGUGGUAUACCGGUUUCGUUUUGAUUAGAGUUACUAAUAUGCAAAACUAUAGUGAACAGAUGGAGAUCUCCGAGACAGGGGCAACUUCGACAUCGGGAUCCAUAAGGAAGCAGAGAGAAUUCACAGAUCAUGAAUUGAGAAGUCUCUACAACAGUUUAGGAAUAAGGUCUAAUGAUUAUAACCAAAUCAGAUUUGAAGCAAUCCAUCUUAGAAGUUCGAAUGAGUUGACUGUAAAAGAUGUUAUAGAUUAUUUUUCAGAGUUUAACCCCAAAUAUGUUGAGUUGGUAAAUGAUGAGAGUUACAAUAUUGUUUGGUAUGACCAAUCAGAUGCAGCUAAGGCACUUUUUUUCUCUUCGCAAAAUAAUGAUGGCAUGCCUAUACGUGCCACAAGGGAUCUUAUGAUUGAUAAUAUGCCGAUACCUCCUGGAUACUGGCUAUUAGGAAAAGGCCACAUCAAUUUGAGCUCUGUUCUGUUAAGAUUUUCAAUGAGGGGGGAUAGGAGGCCACGUACAAAGGAAGUGUGUAGCGAGUAUUCUAGAAAUAAUAAUCCUACAGUCCAAUCUGAGCCCGUUAAUCAAAAAAAUCCAUGGGGAAAUUUGUCCAAAUUUUGGGAUGAAAAGUACGAACUAUCUGGAAGAGAUCAGAGACGACAAAAUUAUGAUGACCCUAAUUCAAGAGUGCACCUCAAAGCCAGAAGACGUAACUAUAGAUAAUCCGUUCUACAUAGAACCUAUUGUUGAAGUUGUGGCAACUGAAAAUUUUCACAAUGCUGCAGUACUCGCAAAUAUACAGAAUUAGGACCAUUGUGAAAUGAGUGAGAUACUUGGAAGAUAUUGAAUGGAUGGAGGAUAUAUUACUUAUUAAUUGGAUUAAAUUAGGAGAAGGAGUUUAAUGGCUGAUCCAUGUUAUUCAACAACCAGUUUUUCAUUAAUAUACUAAUUCAAAUUAUAUAUAAUUAUGUUCAUUACGUUAUCUGACAAUAAAAUAUUAAAACAUA